CUUUACUCUGACGAUACAGAAGUUUUGGCUGCUGACGGAGUUCGUCAUCGGAAGAGACCUCAAAAAGAAGCAACAAUGGCUAACAGCUGCUGUUAAACAUUACACGAAUGCCUGUGUGAACACAUCAGAAAGUAAAUAUUUAAUGGGGUCUCAGAGGCUAAACAUCUUCGACAGUAGCUGUCUAGCUCGGAGCUAAAGUGAACGAAGACAGGGCAGAUUACAGCGUAAAAGUCUACUGUGGGAUUUAAAGAUAAGUUUGACCUAGGAUGGAUGAUCGAACAGCACUGGACAUUUGGAUCGGAUUGGAAUAAUCACUCGUACAGAUCAUGUUUUUCUGUUAUGUGGUUGAGGGGAUAUAGGGGAGGAAUACGUGUCAUCGAUAAAGCUGUUGGCGCUUGAGAGAUCCAUACAUCCAUUCAUCCGUCCGGUCCGGCCCUCACCUGUUUCAAAGCGUCCAAACAGCACAUACCGCGGACCUGUUGGCUUCCCUUAACUGUCUUGUAGAACCAGUAAUUUUAGGGUGAAAGAGACGUAUUUUUGUCGAGAUGGGUUCGUUGUUUCAGAGUGAAGAGAUGUGUCUUGCCCAGCUGUUCCUGCAGUCUGGUUCUGCUUACGACUGCAUCAGUGAACUGGGUGAACUUGGGCUGGUAGAGUUCAGAGACCUCAAUCCAAGUGUAAAUUCUUUCCAGCGCAAGUUUGUCAGUGAGAUCAAGAGAUGUGAGGAGAUGGAGAGAAUUCUGGGAUAUCUUUUGAGGGAGAUUAAAAAAGAAGACAUUCCGCUACCAGAAGGCGAGGUGAACCCAGCUGCUCCAUUACCAAAACAUGUGAUGUCAAUAAUGGAACAACUACAGAGGCUGGAGCUGGAGCUGAGCGAGGUCACCAGGAACAAGGAGAAACUUCAGAAGAAUCUUCUAGAGCUCACAGAGUACACACACAUGCUGCGCAUCACAAGCAACUUUGCGCAGCGCAGUGCAGAGAGGGAGCCAAUGCAGGCCCAGUAUGAAGAGUUCCCCUUCCUGCAGAGGGAACCCUUGAUAGACUACACCAGCAUGCAGAGGCUUGGAGCUAAGCUGGGGUUCAUUUCUGGUCUCGUCCAAAGAGUGAAAAUCGAGGCGUUUGAGCGAAUGCUCUGGAGAGUGUGUAAGGGCUACACCAUCCUCAGCUACUCCGAAUUAGAUGACGUCCUGGAAGACCCUGAAUCGGGUGAGCCGACUAGAUGUGUGGUGUUCCUCGUCUCCUAUUGGGGAGAACAGAUUGGACAGAAGGUUAAGAAGAUAUGUGAUUGCUACCACUGUCACCUGUACCCGUACCCCAACAGUAAUGAGGAGAGAUCAGAUGUGGUGGAGGGGCUGCGCACACGCAUUCAGGAUCUGCACACGGUUCUUCACCGGACUGAGGAUUACCUGAGGCAGGUGUUGAUCAAAGCCUCCGAGACUGUGUACACGUGGGUCAUUCAAGUUAAGAAAAUGAAGGCCAUAUAUCACAUACUCAAUCUCUGUAGUUUCGAUGUUACAAACAAGUGCCUCAUAGCCGAGGUGUGGUGUCCUAUAGAUGAUCUGCCAGCCAUCCGGAGGGCGCUAGAGGACGGCUCGAGGAAAAGUGGAGCCACAGUUCCCUCCUUUGUCAAUCGAAUCCCAUGUAAUGACACUCCACCCACCCUCAUACGGACCAACAAGUUUACCUCAGGCUUCCAGAAUAUAGUGGACGCCUACGGGGUGGGCAGUUACAGGGAGGUCAACCCAGCUCCGUAUACAGUCAUCACGUUUCCCUUCCUGUUUGCUGUGAUGUUUGGAGACCUUGGGCACGGACUCAUCAUGGCACUGUUUGCUCUGUGGAUGGUUCUUUAUGAGAAUGAACGCAGGCUGAGAAAAACCAGAAAUGAGAUCUGGAACACGUUUUUCGAGGGCCGUUACAUCAUCCUGAUGAUGGGCGUGUUUUCAGUCUAUACCGGAUUAAUAUACAACGACUGCUUCUCCAAAUCACUCAACCUGUUCGGCUCAGGAUGGAGCGUCAAAGCCAUGUAUGACAAUAGACACUGGAGCUCGAAUACACUUCGCUCAAAUAGCUUUCUUGCACUGGAUCCCAAUGUCACAGGAGUGUUUACAGGGCCCUAUCCUCUUGGAAUUGACCCGAUCUGGAACCUGGCAUCUAACCGGCUCAACUUCCUGAACUCCUAUAAGAUGAAGAUGUCAGUGAUUUUAGGAAUAAUCCACAUGACUUUUGGAGUCGUCCUUGGGGUUUUCAAUCACCUGCACUUCAAGCGGAGCUUUAAUCUGUAUCUGAUGUUUUUGCCCGAGUUGCUCUUCCUGCUGUGUCUGUUCGGUUAUCUGGUCUUUAUGAUCAUAUACAAGUGGCUGGUUUUCACAGUAAGGGACUCACAGACAGCUCCCAGCAUCCUCAUCCAAUUCAUCAACAUGUUCCUUAUGCAGGGCGACUCCAGCCAGCCACUUUACCCAGGACAGACCGGCCUCCAGGUGUUUCUGUUGAUAGUGGCUCUGUUCUCUGUGCCUGUGUUAUUGCUGGGCAAACCUCUCUACCUCUACUGGCUACACAAGGGCAGAGGUCAUCUACUUUACAGAGGUUAUCAGCGAGUACGAAGGAACAGUGAAGAAGAACUGUCUCUCAUGCAUACUCAUGACAUGGAGGAGGGAAACAGCCUGGACAGUCAUUCCACCAGCUCUGACAGCCAAUCAGAAGAGUUUGACUUUGCAGAUGUGCUCUUGCAUCAGUCUAUUCACACUAUAGAAUACUGCUUGGGCUGCAUCUCUAACACUGCGUCCUAUCUGAGACUCUGGGCUCUCAGCCUGGCACAUGCCCAGCUUUCUGAAGUGUUGUGGGCGAUGGUGAUGCGGGUCGGUCUACGUGUGGACACCACUGUGGGAAUCGUGUUCCUGGUGCCUGUUUUUGGACUCUUUGCUGUCCUCACCGUGUCCAUCCUGCUGGUGAUGGAGGGACUUUCUGCCUUCCUUCAUGCUCUCAGACUCCACUGGGUGGAGUUUCAGAAUAAGUUUUACAGUGGCACUGGUGUCAAGUUUGCACCCUUUGCCUUCUCUCUCCUGCACAGCACCUUUGAAAACGAUGGGCUCCUAUGAACUGUGACACUAUAGCAGACUCAUCCUGCACCUAUAUCACUUCUUUAAACAUGUUUAUAUGCAGAGAUGUUGCACUAUAUGCUGGAUUGGUACAACCGAACAUUCAUCUGGAAAAGACAGUGACUUAUUUACAUAUUGAGCCUUAUCGCAUUUUUACUUAUUUUGAACAACAAUUUGGAGACAACAGGCUCAACAAAAGGCCUUAAGUUUUAAGCAAAAAAGACUGUAAAUAGAAAUUAGAGUAACUGAAUAGUGCUUUAGCUUUAUCGAAUCUAUUCUGUAAAUUCUACACAAAAGUGCUGGUUGGUUAUAUAUUUUUACCGUGUUGCCUGUUUGCUGAGCACAUUCCAUGAGUUUAAUAUGCAUUGAACCCAAGACAUUAAUUUUUUUAUUUUCUCGUCUGAGAAGAGCUAGUAAAUUCAAGCAUUUUCACAAUGUUUCCGGACCAUGAUCCUGACCUACAGAGUUCAUCCACAUUAAAAGUUGCUACCAUUGAGAUUAUGGAUGAUAUAAUGUGAUCAUAGGUUGGUGAUUGUGGACAAGAUGUCACAAGAUCCGCUCAUGUAUAAAUGUUUCUGGUUGUUUAUAUCAUUGGGGUUAUUGAAGGAAAGUGAUCCAGUUUUAGAUUCUAAUACUUCAGAUCGUCUGACUGGUUAAAUUGCCUCUCUGUUAUACAUAUACGAACCUUCACAGGAAAGCUUUCUGUAUGUCAAAAACAUUUAUAAGCCAACUGUGGCUCAGCUAUUACUAAGUGCCUAACAUGCUGAAUGUAUUCAUUUUGCGUCAACAAAUGAUAUUUAGAUGCAAUUUAAUGACGAAUUGGAACAUAUUGCUUUUCAGGGGAAAUCUUAUAGUAUUAAUUAGGAAUGGUAAAAUGGCUUAUUUUAUUUUAGAUAUUUUAAACUGUCAAAGAUUAAUAACACUUUUUCAUAUUUUUCAAGUUUUUAUUUAACCCUUGACUUUAAUGUGAGAGUGUGUUGUGUGGAUUGUGAGCCACUGAAUUCAUUCCUUUUGUUAUUUAUUAACAGUACUUUGUUGGUAUUGUUUGAUUAAUCAUACAUUCCAUGUUUUGGAUAUAGAAUCUCACUAAUCAGAUCAGAUUUGUGAAGCUGGAGGAAAUAAAGCAGAUUGUUUGUUACUCAAUAAAAUGAUUUAUCUCA